GGCGGAUGAGCCACGCUCUGUUGCAGACAUCUGGAUUCCAGCUGGGACUUGGAUUUGCUGGGGACACCAGCCAGGGAUAUAGGACCAUGUGGCUGCCUCCAGCUCUGCUCCUUCUCUGCCUCCCAGGCUGCUGGUCCCUGGUGGGCCCCAGAUUUGUGACCGGCACCACGGGGGACUCCCUAACCAUUCGGUGUCGGUAUGAGAAGGAUUACAAGGGGUAUAAUAAGUACUGGUGCCGAGGACAGUAUGACACCGACUGUAACAAGAUUGUGGAGACCCAGGGAACAGAGAGAGAAGAGAGAAGUGGCCGUGUGUCCAUCAGAGACAACGCUGACUCCCUCACCCUCACAGUGACCAUGGAGAACCUCAAUGCAGCCGACGCUGGAUCCUACUGGUGUAAAAUUCAGACAGUGUGGAUCCUGGACGAGUGGUCACGUGACCCCUCGUUCCAGGUUCAGGUGUCUGUUUCCCCAGCACCUUGUACGACCACAAGACGGACCACACAUCCAGCCACACCUGCCACGUUCCCUGCGGAGACCGCUGGGCAGAAUUUCAGUACCAACCACUGCCCAGGGGUUCCGCUUAGCACUGUCCACUUCCUGCUCCUGAUCUUCCUGAAGCUGCCCCUGUUCCUGGGCGUGCUCGGUGCUGUCCUCUGGGUGAGCAGGUGUCAGAAGGGCCCCGGAGGCGGACAGAGUCGGCCUGACCAGGGGACUCCACCACGCCGCCCACCAGCUCCGGGAAAGCCCUGUCCAGGAAUACAGACCUUCCGACUGGACCAGAGAGACCUGCGGGCUCUGCACUCCAGGGCAGGGAGGCAGCCGUGCCCGGACUCUGCAGAGACCUAAGCCUUUGGAGGGUAUUGUUCCUGUGCCUUCAGAGACUCCUGGUUCUCAGAGGACACCCUCUCAGGGGAGAAAGAUGAACCUUCGGGCCCCUGUGUCGGGUCCUCCUCUCCGUCCCAGAUCCUCAAGUAUUCUCUGGAGGUUGCAUGCUCAGAAGCCUGGCUCUUUAUUCUUCUCUGUGGCACAAAAGCUUAGCUCAGUAUCCCCCAGGGCAAUACCACCUCCUCCCUGCAGACAGGAGGCUCCUGCCUGCCCAGGACUUAGGCCUGGGACCAUAUGGCGCCCUCAGCAGGCUUGGGAACUGACCUCCCACACGCCCCUCACAACGUCAGUCCUUGAGCUCCCUGGGCUCCAUCGUCCCCUCUUCUGGGGGUCCCACACCUAGAACACCACGAGAACGGGGCGUCAUUUACAGGCACAGGACAGGCAGGCGCAGGCCUGAGUGAUGCAUAGCUUAGAUUUCUCUGUGUGACCAAGCAGAGAAACCUACCAGGAAGCCAGAGACGUGGGUUAGCAGAGCAUUGGCGCGGGAGAGGAGACGGAUGGAGAGGUGAAACCUUGUAAACUCAUCGAUCAGUUCUAGCAGUUUUUUGGUAGAUUCCUUGGGAUCUUCUACAGAGAAAAGCAUUGUGCAAGAAAGACACGUUUAUUUCUUCUUUUCUAAUGGAUAUGCUUUAAUGGUGUCCGGGAGGCCCCAGGGAGCCCCGGGAGGCUUUUAAGCACUCGGGUGGCCGUCGGGAGCAUGUGGCAUCGGAAAUGCAUCGGAGAUCCAUGGUUUUCAGGCAUUUAAACUUUUAAACGAGAAGCCAGAAGUGAAAUUCCUCCUGUCUGGCAUCAAACGCCAUUAAAAAUAUUGUGAUCAAAAUGGAACGGGCUUGCGAGUCCCUGCCAGCCGUGGGUGCAGGAUGUCAGCUCUGAGUGAAGCGGGGACAUCGUAGAGCAUUGCUGUGUCUGCCCGUAUUUACGGCUGGGACCAUAUGGCGCCCUCAGCAGGCGUGGGAACUGAGCCCCUCCCUGCACAGAUGGGCCUGCGGGGACCACGUGCGGCCGUCCCGGGCUGGCUCAGGCCAGGUCCAACUCUGCUCCCCGACCUCGUGCCUGGGGAGCAGCGGCCUCGCCCUUCAGGUCUCCUUGUUCUCACAUGUGACAUGAACAUGCUGGGUUAAGACUUGCACGGGGGCAGUUUUAAAACAUGGAUGAGCCUGACCGGCGUAGCCCAGUGGUUGAGCGUCGACCUAUGAACCAGGAGGUCGAGAUUUGAUUCCUGGUCAGGCACAUGCCCAGGUUGUGGGCUCGAUCCCUGGUU